GAAUGGCUAGUUGCUGCUCUUAAAGCACCAAAGUCUGUCUAAAAACGAAUUCAUGGUACGAAGUCGAUUACCUCGGUAAGAAUGCUUCCCAAGCAAAUUGCUUUGUUUUGAAAAUUAAUUCCAUUGUUUUUCAUAUCUUUCCAUAUGAAAUAAAAUGCACCAAAUGGCCAGAAAGCAAUUAUUCGGCGUAAAAUUAGACCAAGAAAGUAUUGGAACCCGCGAGCUUCCUGUGACGUCACGCAGUCCGGUGUUGAUGCUCAUGGCGGCGGAGGAGAGAUGGUAUUUUACCAAGGAAGAAAUCAACAACUCGCCCUCCAGAAGAUGCGGGAUCGACGCGGAAAAAGAGCUAUCGUACCGACAGCAAGGCGCCAAUCUGAUCCAGGACAUGGGCCAGCGGCUGCAAGUUAACCAACUGGCUAUCAACACAGCCAUUGUUUACAUGCACCGCUUCUACAUGUAUCAUCCGUUCACCCGUUUUCACCGCAACUCCAUCGCACCGGCUGCCCUCUUCCUCGCUGCCAAAGUCGAGGAGCAACCCAGAAAGCUGGAACAUGUCAUCAAAGUGGCUUAUCACUGCCUGUUCCGUGACCAACCGCCUCUGGACACACAGUCUGAGGCAUAUUUGGAAAGAGCACAGGAGCUGGUCGUGAAUGAGAACAUUUUGCUACAGACCCUGGGCUUUGAUGUUGCCAUAGACCAUCCACACACACACGUGGUCAAGUGCUGCCAACUCGUCCGCGGUGAGUACUUCAAAAACAAAUUAGCCACCAAAGAUUUGGCCCAAACCUCGUAUUUCAUGGCUACCAGCAGUCUUCACAUGACCACGAUGUGUCUACAGUACAAACCCACAGUGGUGGCAUGUGUAUGUAUAUACAUAGUGUGCACUUGGAGCCAUUAUGAGAUCCAGCGGGCGACAGAAGGCAAGGAUUGGUUCUGGUAUGUAGACAAGUCGGUGACGCUAGAGCUCCUGGAGACCCUGACAGCCGAGUUCCUGGCCAUUCUGGACAAGUGCCCCAACCGGCUGAAGAAGAUCAUGAACUCCUCCCAGCACACAGACGACCGGAGCAAGAGCAGUCAGGGCGGUUCAUCAUCCUCAUCACUCUCGUCUUCACGGGCUGUAACGGGAGGUUCAUCAUCAUCUGUCCCGUCAUCCAGGAGUCAUGAUCAUAACUCUCAUAAUAAAUCAGGCGUCAAAGUGCCACAGUCUCAGCCUCACCAGCACCCUCAGCCCCCAAAGCUGAACCUUAAGGAAUAUAAUGAAAAGCGUGAGAAAGAGCGGCGCGAGCGGGAGAAGAUGCGUGACCGGGACGUGGUGGACCCACGAGAGGGCCGGCAGUUCACCCUGGUGUCAACUUCACACUCCUCGCAGUCAGCACCCCCCUCCACUGUUGCCACUAUCGCCUCAUCGCACUCGCUGCACUCAGUCCUGCCCAGCUCCCGGGGCAAGAGCAGCAAGGGUAGCAGCGGGCGUAGCAGCCACCCUGAGCAUGCCAAGGCUUCGGCUGUGCAUAGCACCAACCACAAGACACAUGGCCAUGGCACCACCAACCAGGGAUCCCGGGGAGAUGCCCAACCCCCCUUGGAGGCGCUGCGGGUGGGCACAGCUGAUGCUCGUCAGGACCAGCGGAGAGAAAUUAGUGCACGUGAUAGUGAUCGCUUUGACAAAAGCAACAGGACUAGUAGCAGUGUCGUGGACGGCAGAUUGCUUGGACAUGAGACAAAACCUAGUGUAUCGGACAUUAGACAGCAUCAUGUAGUAGAUAUUAAGCACUCUAGACAGUCUUUAGAUUCCGCAGUGUUAGAAAGAAAAAGUGAAAUAAAACAUGAACAAAGAAUGGCAGAACGUAAACCUCCUGAGCCAAAGUUAGAGCAAGUGAAAGUAAAGACAGAUAUAAAAUCCGAAAUAAAGACAGAAAUUAAAGAAGAGAAAGCAUCAGACACUAAAUCCGAAGCAAAGGAGUACAACACAAUUUUCCAUAAUAGUGACAUGUCUGAUUUUACUCUUAACGACUUUUUGAGUGAUAAUAAUUUCCUGAACUUAAAUGAUGGGCCCCCAGAUGAGCUGUUUGACAAUUCCGAUAGUGAGACAAAGCCUGAUGUUUCAGCCAUACUGGAAGACAAGAGCUUGUUACCACAGCCAGCUCACCAGAAGAGCAAGUCCCCUGGUGCGAGUCAGCAGCAGCAGCAGCAGGCUCAGCAUCAGCAACAUCAUACCAGCAGCAUCAACACAGCUGGGGUUGUGAGUAAUGCCAGUAGCAAUGGCGAACAGCGGGUCAGUGACAGUGCCGCAACAGCACCCAACUACCACAAUCCUCGAUACCAUAGUGCCACCAACGGGUCAGUACCUCCUCCACAACCGACUCAGACGACUCCCCAGCACCCCUCUAAGAGCUCCUCUGGCAGCAAGAGGUCGAGAGAGAGCGAGAGACGGAACAGUGAGCGGGGUGAGGCAGAGCUGGUGCCGAUGGUCACGAAGCUGGAAGAUACCAAGUAUCGCACAGCUCUCAGUGACCCGGCGACUCCCAUCAAAGUGCGUGCCGAAGCGCAGAACUUGGCCAUGGCUAAUGCGACCUCAAAACCCACUGCUGCGACGCACAGUGCUCCUGCACCAGCAGUUCCUGAACCUGUACAGAAGAACCCAAGUGAGCACGUGCUGCGCAUGAAGCUUCCGCGACCUGAUCACCUGAAGGAGUCUCAGCCUGACCCCGCCACUGUCCUCAUGGUAGGGGGUGUGGCAGGCACAGAACAUAAGAAACACAAGCAUGACCAUCCUCAUCACAAGCACAAGGAGAAGAAGAAGCAUAAGCAUAAGGACAAGGAUAAGCACAAGGAUAGAGAACACAAGGAACACAAAGAACACAAGAAGGAGAAAAAGCACAAAAAGCAUAAGGACAAGGACAAAGAGCGGGACCGGAGCCGAGGUGGAGAAGAUGCCGGCAGCGCUCCCAUCAAGAUCACCAUAGCGAAGGACAAGGUCCUAUACACACCAGAGCCAGGCUCGGUGCCCCUGAGGACCCACUCCACCACAGCAACGCCGGUGGCUCCACCCAUAAACACCACCAGUGCUAACACAACUCCCAGCAUCCCAAAGUUCAAGAUCCAAAAGUCUCGCCUCAAGCAAAAGGACUUGUUUGGAGGCACGUCAUCCACUUCCCCCGAGAGCAGUCCUGCUGGUGACCUGGCCCGAGACACUCCUACUACCUCUCUAAAGAUCAAGAUCAGUCGGGACCGCCUUCGACCUGACAAGGAAUCGAAGAAAAGGGACCGGGACCGAAGUCCCGGAGACAUUCAGGCGGCCAAGGUCCCGCGCAACGGCAGUGAGGCUCGGUCCACCCACGCAUCCCCUCAGGUGGGUGCUGGUCACUAUAGGCAGCAGGAUGUCAGAGGUAAUGCUCAUCACCGCCAGUAUUCCCAACAGCAGCAGCAGGCGCAGCAGCAGCCACCACAUCCGCCACUGCCACCACAUGCAAAACAAAUGCCCGUGCAUCUCCAGGGGUCCCAGGCCCAGUACCCCAGAGCCCCUCUCACAGGUGCCCCACCCCCUCCCUCAGCUGGUGUGGUGCCCAUGAUUCAGCCUGGCCCUUACUCUUACCAGCAGUUCUACCCACAAUAUUCCAUACCCCACCCAAUUUCAGCUACCCUCCCCCGCCAUACCACCACCCCCUCCCCCUCUGGCCCCCACGGCCCCCCAAUGCCGUACAUGCAAGCGCCACCACCCGCUUUCAUGACUGGGCAUCCCCCUCUGCCUCACUCCACAGCUUCAUCCAAUCCUCCCCUCCCUGCAGAGCCUCCCCCACCCACCCCACCCCCUCUCCCCUGAGUGAUAAUUUAUUGGUUCUCGCCCCUUUCCCCUCUUCCCCUGUUAGUAGCAAAUGAUAUUCUCAAUUGAUUUUCAAUAUUUUAGGGAGAGAUCUCUAUAGAGUAUCACAAAAAAUGAUAUGUAGAUGCAAUAAAGUAUGUUGAUUUAUUAAUGUUGUUAUAGGAUUGUGUUGGCAAGAAGUGCAUAGUGCAUAUAAGAUAUUUAUUUUGCAUUAAUGACCUAUUUGCUUAUUUUAGAGUAUAAUAUAUAUUUCAUAUAUUAGCUGCAUUCCAUUUUUUUCACACAGAUAUUAACUCAGGUGUCAAUUUAUAAACACUUCACAGUGUUGAGAUUAUUUUUAGUAAUAUGUAUAUAUGUACACAAACAUACACAUAUAUAUGUAUAACGUCUUUGCUUGUUAUUUGUAUGUAAGUGUUUAUAUUUUUAUAAAUGCAUUCUUUUUUUCUGUAGACAUCUUCCAAGGUAAAUUUAGUCCUCUUAUUCAUAUGUUGUUACACUGGUGUUUCCUUGCAUGUUGUGUGCUUCCUUGUUACUUAAACUUGUAGUCUUUGAACUCUCUUUUUUAUUGGUUAUGUCAUGCCUUCAGAAUAAUAAUAAUAAAAUGAGAAAAAAAUCAAACAACUUUACACCUGUAGAAAAGAGAAAAGAUAUAUAUAUAUACAUUUGCACAUAACAUUUCAUUAGAUUUUUAUGUAUACUAGUUGUCUCCUGUCUCCUUGAAUGUGGAGUACUAAUAUAAAGCUGUUUUCCUGUGGGUUUCUGAGUGGUGUUUGGAUGCU